AUGUACACAAAAGCAUUAAGAACUGUUUAUUUGAGAAACUACGACUGUGUCAAGAGCACCUUAGCCAAAUUCCUCAGAUUCUAAUAUCCUCAUGAGUACGAGCAACCAAAGAUCAAGACUUCUUUCCCAGGACCAGAGCAUCAAAAAGCACUAGACAAUAUUUAAUCAUACAACCCUGAUGGCCUUUACAAGUAUCAAAGAUUCGUAGAUCUUAAAAAAAGUAAGGGUAACUACUUUGUUGAUGUUGAUGGCAAUGUGAUUCUUGAUUUAUAUCAAGGCUAUGCAAAGCAGCCUCUUGGCUAUAAUCAUGAUAUUUUUGUCAAUGCAAGACACACAGAUGUUUAUGAUAGGUUUGUUGCCAACAGAAUAGAUGCUUCUGCUCUUCCCAGUGAUGAUUAUGCUGAUCUCUUGAGAUAAAACCUUAUGCCUGUAGCACCUUCAGGAAUGACUUAAGUUCAUUUAAAUGAUGGCACUUCCACUCAAGCUAAUGAGUCAGCUCUUACAGUAGCAAUAUUAAAGUAUUCUUAAGAGCACAAAAUAUAAGAUGUUUCUCACCUUACAGUAAUGGGAUUCGAGAAUGGCUAUCAUGGUAACUCAAUAGCUAACAUUUCAUGCAGUGACCCAGCAAUCAAUUUACAAUAAGUAUCAAUUUUUGAAUGGCCAAUUGCUCCAUUCCCAAAGAUCUAAUUCCCAAUGGCUGAAUUCGAGCACUAAAACAGAGCUGAAGAAGACAGAUGCUUAGAUCAAGCAAGAAAAAUAAUAAAGCUCAGAAGAGACACAAAGAGAGAUGUUGCUGCAAUUAUUAUUGAGCCAAUCUCAUCUUACCAAAACACCAUGGCUACUCCUUACUUCUAUAGAUAACUUAGAAAGAUUGCUAAAGAAUUCCAUAUUCCAUUCAUUGUAGAUGAAACUAGAACUGGUGUUGGUAUCACAGGCAAGAUGUGGGGGCAUGAACACUGGAACUUGAAUGAUCCAGCUGAUAUUGUGACAUUCGGAGGAAAAGCUGGAAUCUCAGGAUUCUACACUACUCUUGAUUAUCAAAUUCAAGUUGGAGACAGCACAUUCAAUAAUGAUUAGAGUGUCGAUAUGGUUGAUCUAAUCAACUUUGGACUUACUUGGAGAUAUAUUCAAAAGAAGAAUCUCUUGAGCUAUGUGCAAGAUACUAGCACCUUCUUAAAGAUUGAACUUGCAAGAGUUGAACGAGAGAGAGGCAUUAUAUCAAAUGUUAAAGGGUAUGGUACUUUCCUUGGCUUUGAUGUUCACAACCCAACUACAGCACUUCUGAUGCAAAAAUGGUUCUUCAGAUCUGGUAUUCAACUUCUAAAAUGUGGACCUCUCUCUUUCGGUAUAAGACCUUCUCUACUCUUAGGACCCAAGCAAGCAGCACAUCUUAGAGAUAACUUGAUGAAUUAUUCACCAAACUUCGAUAAAAUUUGA